AUGCGCCCAAUGGUCAACAAUGCACUGCGAGGUCUGAUGAAGGAAGUGCAGCUGGACAAAUUCCAGACGCGAUUUGGAGAAAUCCUUGCUUAUCUUAGCAGAACUGGACGAACGCCGAGCUGGGCUUCGCUUGCCAACAGAGGCGCCAUUCUUGAUACCACUAUGAUAAGCGAAAGAUUCCACUUGAGGCUAAAGGAUGAGUUCCUCCACCGUAAUGCCAAUUCUCGGCUCGACGGUUUCGUUGACCUUCUGAUUAAAUCCGUUGAAGAUCUUUCGGAAUCAAUAGAAGAGAAGGACCGCCGUCGAUUCGCCGAUUCCGCGUACAGGCUCAAAGAGACUUAUAAGCGGCAUAGGACCGCAGUGACCUUGCAUGGCAAAAACCCUGAGAUGGUGGUAAACAUAACGGAAGACAAUGACAUGCGAAGGGCCAUGUACAUGUCACGCCACGAACAAUACACACUGUCCACUUGCGGUGUUUGUGCUUAUGCCUGGAGCUGCACGUGCAUGGAAAACAGAAGCGGUAUCAGUUGUCCCCACAGGCAUGCUGUCAAGAUGGUGACCCGUGGGAAAUCACGGAAACACCAGCCACAACUUCGGCAGAAGAAGUGGUUCCUUCUCAUUCGGAGCCUCUCGAUGAGCCCACAACAAUGGCACAGGAACGCCGUGAAGCACGUUACAAAGCUUAGUGCUAUAAAAAGUGCAUAUGCUGUGCUAGAAGCCACAGCGACAUCGUUGGCUAAACAUGAUACAGAUGAAGCAAUGGAACAGUUGGAGGAGAUACUGUGUUACAUACAACUAGCAGCAGGCGUUGCACAGUCUUCGUCGUCAGGUACAGUAGCCGUCCGCCCUGAGCUGGCUCAAGCUGGAGGCAAGCCACAGUUGGCCAAAAUCCAGCUACAUCAG